AUGCUGCAGUGUCCACGCUUCCACUCCCACCGUAUAGUGCUACAGUCUCAACUCCUCGCUCUGAACAUCAACACCUUUGACCUGCCCACCCUGCUGGCGGCGGCUGGCGUCCACCCCUCCCGGCAACACACCGUCAUCCGCCUCACCUGUGCCUUCCUGAGGAGGACAGGUCAACUACCGCGCCUGUGA